GACCGUAUACUAUACGGUCGUUUGUACUCGAACACGUGUAUCGUGACGUGGAUGUUGCCUUUCGCGCUCCUUCUCUUCUCUCCCCUGCCGUGCCCCCCUGAGUAUUCUCUCCCUCUCCCUCUCUCUCCCUCUCUCUGCAAGUUUCUCACUGUUCUCUUGCUAUGUUUUCUAGAGAGAGAAAAUGCAGAAUUUGAUAUUAUAGUUUAGAUUCAAAGAUUAUGUACGGAUAAAUUGGUCUUUAACAUCGAAGGUAGCUGAAAGCCGUUGAGCUUUUCUACUCUUUUUUUUUUUGGGCGUCAGGAGGAGAUUUUUGAACUUUUGAGAACUGAAAGGUGGCGACUGUUCAAAAUUUAAUUGACGUGGGGCAUAUGGAUCCUUUCCCCUCCCUUUCUAUGUGAUUGAACUUAGAGAGCUUAGAGAAAAGCUGCUAGUUUUUCCCCCUUUGAGCAUGAUCUUUUCAUCAAUGAAGUGUUGUACCUGCUGCUCUCCAGUCACUUGUUUUAGGUAAAACUAAGGUAUUAAGGUAGUUUUACAUGUAAACUUCUAGGUUCAUUAUAUUAUAUAUAAUACCAUCCAACUGCUGAUAAAUCUGACCUUUUUUGGAUUACUCUUCUCGUUUCCAGUUUCUGUUACUGAUCUCAGAAUUUCACUGUAAAAGAAAGAAAUUAUGAUCCCAAAUUACAAUGGGGUCAUAUUACCAGAUUUGGUAUAUGUUGUCAUAGCAUCAUUCUUUAUUAUGAUUAUCAAUGAAAAGGACAGGGUUACAUGUUGGUUGAUCAUCAAUAUAAUGUUCUCCAUUAGACUUUGCACCCCACAAUGUUCCGUCAUCUGUUCAAUGUUUCCUAUUUGCUGAAACAAUGACGUGCAAAAUCCAGUGAAUUUUGGAUCCCUGUUCACCAUUUCCCAUUAUUUCUUUGGACUACUAUUAAUUGUCCACAAUAUUCCAUUUAUUCAUAUCACCUCUUUUUUCAGCUUUGAGUAUAUUCUGAGAUCAUGGCGUCUUUUUUAAAGAAAUAAUUUGGAAGAAUUGUGGUUUUUUGUCGCAAUUUGUUCACAUUGUAACUCUUUUUCAGUCACAGCUUGACAUGGAUGGCUAUCCUUUUAUGCAGCUGAGUAAGCGUUUAACCAGAGAGAUUGGAUAGGUGGCGGUGAAAUCAGGCAUCAUUUACUAAAAUUAGUUUAGAGCUCCUAGUUUGGUGCUUGAUCAUGGGAAACAAUGAAGAAGGAAAGUCUUGUAAGCCUGAGAAACCAUCUUCACCUGCAGUGGAUCAGAACCAGACUAAUAUUCACAUGUAUCCUGAUUGGGCAGCCAUGCAGGCAUAUUAUGGGCCCCGAGUCGCUGUACCGCCAUAUUUCAACUCAGCUAUUGCAUCUGGGCAUACCCCACACCCUUAUAUGUGGGGGCCACCACAGCCUAUGAUGCCACCUUAUGGGGCACCUUACGCCGCAAUCUAUGCGCAUGGAGGUGUUUUUGCACAUCCUGGAGUUCCUCUUGCUGCUUCUCCUUUGGGCAUGGAUACACCUGCUAAGUCAUCAGCAAAUACAGAUCAAGGCUUAAUGAAGAAGUGGAAAGGUUUUGAGGGGCUUGCCAUGUCAAUAGGCAAUGCUAAUAGUGCUGAGGGUGGAGUUGACCAUGGGCUUUCGCAGAGUGGGGAGAAUAAUGGUUCCAGUGACAUAAGUGAUGAGAAUACAGCAAGGGCUGGUCAAAAUGGAAAGAAAAGAAGCCGUGAGGGAACACCUAAUGCAGCUGGAGAUGGUAAGACAGAGAUGAAGAGCAUUCCAAUUCCUGGCAGAGAAGGAAAUGGAGCUUCCGAGAAGGUGAUGGCUGUUACAGUUACCGCUGCUACCACUGCAGGAAAAGUGAUGGGAACUAUGCUUUCUCCCAGCAUGAGCACUGUAUCUGAGCCAAGGAAUCCUGCUAGUGAGAAUGUGAAGACCAGCCCAACUAGUGCUCCACAGCCUACUCCUGUGAUCCCGAAUGAACCCUGGUUAAAGAAUGAGCGAGAGUUGAAAAGGGAGAGGAGGAAACAAUCUAAUCGAGAAUCAGCAAGAAGAUCAAGAUUGAGGAAACAGGCUGAGUCGGAAGAACUUGCAGUGAAAGUUGAAUCCUUAAAUGCUGAGAAUAUGACUCUUAAAUCUGAAUUUUGUCAAUUAACAGAGAAUGCAGAUAAUCUGAAGCUUGAAAAUGCUAAGUUAAUGGAGAAACUGAAAAAUGCACAGCUAGUACAAAAGGAUGAGGUGACUUUAGUCAGUACUGAGGACCUACUUGUGAGAGUUAACAAUUCUGGUGCUGUUAGUAGAAACAAUGCAGAGGCUGAUAUGUAUGAGAAGAGAAACUCUGGUGCAAAGCUCCAUCAACUCCUGGAUGCUGGCCCUCGGACUGAUGCUGUCGCUGCUGGUUAGAAACUUGUCAUUCCUGCGCGUCAAUUAUGUACUUUUGGGGUAAUUUCAAGCCAAAAUUACUGCUGAAAAUGCCAUAGGAAUGAAGAAAAUUGAACAGGAUUGAAAACGACUUGACUCUAAUUUUUAGUUAGUUGUAAUUUAGCUAUCUUGGCAGAACUGAUGGGUUUUAAAAUUCAGAGUGCCAGGAAUAGGCACUGAUAUAGUUGAUGUAAAUUGGAGACACUUGAGGGAUCUUGUUUAUGGAAUGUAAUGUGACCUGUAUAUCUGGAUUGUGUAAUUAGAGCGCUCUAAUAUGGACCUAUUUACUCCAAGAAUUGUCAUGGACUUGG